ACUGCGUGUGUGUGUGUGUAUUCACGAAUACGUGGCCGAUUUGACGUGCAGUGGGCGCCGCCGACAUGUCGGAUUUCUUGGUUUCUCCUGACGGCAUGACCCCAAUCGUUGAUGAAGACCCUCCAUCUUCAGCAAAGGAGAGUUCAGCGCAAAAUGACGGACAAGAUGUGGAAUCUCAGUGGGGAUUCUGUUUACCAGAACUGUACAAACUUUCCUUAACUUUUUUCAAAGAAAAAGAGGGAAAGGCAUUUCAUCUUUCCUACAGGGACAAAGUCCAGUUAGUGGCCUACGUGAGGCAGAUAACCAACGGUAAAUACGAUCCUACGAACUCACCGCCUGUCGGCUAUCUUGACGUCGUAGGCAACGACAGAAGGAAACAAUGGCAGGAACUUGGUGGCAUGACCAAGGAAACUGCUAUGCUUGAAUUCUGUCUACAUCUGGAUAAAACCUGUACGCAGCUCAAACCGUACAUCGAAGCCCACAGGAGGGAAAAAGAAGAGCAAGAAAGAAAAAGGAGAGAAGAAGAAGAAAGACGGAGACAGGAAGAAGAAGUAAGAGAGAGACAACGACUUGAAGAGGAAGAAAAGCGAAGAGCAGAGGAGGAAUUACAGAGACAAGAACAGGAAAGGUUACAGUUUAAAGAGGCAAUAUAUAAGCAGCUACUUCCACAGUUACAACCAGUCGUAGAACAGCAAUAUCCCAAUAACCCACAGCAGCAACAAGUUUUUCUACGGCAGUUACAGGAGCAUUACUACCAACAGUACCUGCAGCAGUUACAGCAGCAGCAGCAGGGGAGAAUGGAACAGCAAGGGGACAGCCCUGUCACAGGAAGCAGUGGUGAGGUUUCGAGUGCCUCAACAACGGGUGAUCUGGAGCAGGGCCUGACUAAUCUUCAGCUGUCUAACCAGGCUCAGGCACCGAAUGGGGAUGUCAACAGGAGGGAAGACGAGUUACCAGACCGAGAAUCCUUACCAGAGAUCGCCAAGCCCAACUGCUGGACAACAGAAGACGUCCAGGAUUUCAAGGAGAAACUGGCCAAAGAUUCAGAGGGCAUGAUCCGCGUCGGUCACGGCGAGACGGUCACGGUCCGAGUCCCCACCCAUGAGGAGGGCAACUGCAUCUUCUGGGAAUUUGCCACGGACUACUGUGACAUCGGCUUUGGUUUGUACUUUGAGUGGACGGUUGCCCCUAGCAACGCCAUCAGCGUGCAUGUCAGUGACUCCAGUGAGGAAGAUGAACUGGAUGAGGAUGAGGAUGGCAAGACAGACCCAGAGCGGGGUACCAAGGAAAGCGGUCCCCCUAUCGAUGAGAUCAUACCCAUCUACCGGCGAGACAGCCACCAGAAGAAGUUCUGCGGGAGCCAUCGGUACCCGGGCCGCGGAGUCUACCUGCUCAAGUUUGACAACUCCUACUCCCUAUUCCGGGCCAAGUCGCUGUAUUAUAAGGUUUACUACACGCGGGAUGACCGCUAAUCUAGAAAAACAUAACUUCGAAAUAUAAGCUUAACUUGAUGGUUAAAGAUACAAAGGAGCUCUUUGAUCUACAGGCACACCUGUGGAAGAAGCACUGACCAAUCAAUGUUCAACUUGUUAUCGUAAUUGUUUUUGCAUUUGUCUCUACCCAGAUGUGAUACCCUUGAUGCCACUCAGUAAUACAUGCAGCACUCCUUUGUCCCACUCCAGUUGUGUGUAGGCUCGGGUAAAGGGGGCAAGCUUGCACAAAUUAUUGAUAAGAUGGAAUUUGCGUUGGGGUGAUGUAAAUUCAAUAUUAGGUUUUGCCCUUCACUGACGUAUUUUUGUAAACACUGUACACUCAGUGUUGUCCCGAGUGAGUGUGAAAAAAACUCAGAUUUGAAUCAGCCAGCCGACCACAGCAAGCUCGCUGGUCGAGUGGUAAGACGUUUGCACUAGUAAGCAGGAGGUCUUUGGUUCGAGUCCCACCUGAGUGAUUUUUUUCUCUCAAUCUCUCGGGACAACACUGAGUAUACAGUGUUUAUAAAAGUACGUUGGUGAAGGAAGUUUUGUAUUCUUAUAAAAUUUGGAGUUCUUAUAUUGUGGUUUCAGGUGCAGGAGAAGGAUUGUUGGACCAACAUAUAAAAUUAAUGCCUUAAAAUUUGGCAUAAAAAGAGCUUCUUCAAGCUUUUAAAAAGCAAUAUUAUAAUUUGGCAUCAGUGCACCACCCCCACUCCCCUCUCCAUAUCCAGUAGCUUGAAACUACAAAUUUCAUUGUGAUAAUCUACAAGCACAUUACUGCUUCCUAAUGUGGAGUGGGAAUACAAAUUAACUUAAAGUGACCAUCCCCGAUUCCCCGAUUCCGUGAUAAAUUAUCUAGGAAAGUCCAACGGAGAUGCCUUUUCAAGAUACUGCAUCAGGGAAAGAUGUCUUCUGAGAUAAAAUUCCUUGGAAAGACAUCUUUAUGCAAUGAUGUUGACACCCUAGUGUUCCGUCUUCCAGUGAUUGUUAAUCAAGACAACAUGGAUGGUCGCUUUAAGCUUCCGUAAAUGGUUGAUGGGCAGUCAUUAAUUUUCAGUGCGUACUGCAGAUGUGCCUGUUGAUCUACCAUUGCACCUAUAUGUAGCCUCUUGACAGAGUCUAUUUUCGCGGUUGUAGCAACCAUCAGCAUUGUGAAAUUUCCACGAUAUGACAAAGUUGGCCGUCCUUUGGAAAAACGCUGGUUGUGGUUUUGUUGUGUUCGCAAAUACGACAGUAAAUUGCAUAUCUUGAUGUCAGUCAUGCCGUCGCGUUUACCCAAGUAAGACAGUUCGCUUCAGUGUUAACAUGAAUGAGCAUUUAACCUAUGAUGCAGAAUUCACAACCUACUUUCAAAGGAGAGACAUUUGAAGCUUGUCAGUGGUUAACAUAUUUAUUGCAAUUUGAGAAAAUCAUUAGUAUCAUAAUUUAUCAUGACAGUGAAAUUGCCAUGAUGACUGAAGAUAAACAGUCGGCUUUGUAAACAAAGAUUGUAAAUAGGCUGUAAAGAGAGGUUGGUAGUAGGGGGAUAUCCGCUUUGUGUUGACUCCUUAGGAUGCUUUUAGCAUUCAUCACCGCCAGAGCUAAGGAUGGUUUUAAAACCUCCGUUCAGUUCUGUCUUCAGUUUCAUUUCCACAUUCAGAAUCAUAAACAAGCCAUUUAUAUCCUAAGCAAACAGAAAUACCCUGAACUUGGGCUUCAUAAUGUAGGAUUUUGUUUUUACUGAAACAGAAUAUUGACCAUAUUGAGCCAGGGGCCACAGUGGGUCUAAUCCACUGAGCUCCAUGUCAAAAAUCUGGAUAGCUCGUUGGCCAUUCCAAGCUGUAUGUCAAAAAUCUGAGCUCCAUGUCAAAAAUCUGGAUAGCUCGUUGGCUAUUCCAAGCACAUGUCAAAAAUCUGAGCUCCAUGUCAAAAAUCUGGAUAGCUUGUUGGCCAUUCCAAGCUGCAUGUCAAAAAUCCGAGCUCCAUGUCAAAAAUCUAGAUAGCUCGUUGGCCAUUCCAAGCUGUAUGUCAAAAAUCUGAGCUCCAUGUCAAAAAUCUGGAUAGCUCGUUGGCUAUUCCAAACACAUGUCAAAAAUCUGAGCUCCAUGUCAAAAAUCUGGAUAGCUUGUUGGCCAUUCCAAGCUGUAUGUCAAAAAUCUGAGCUCCAUGUCAAAAAUCUGGAUAGCUCGUUCAAGCUGUAUGUCAAAAAUCUGAGGUCCAUGUCAAAAAAUCUGGAUGGCUCAUUGGCCAUUGCAAGCUGUAUGUCAAAAAUCUGAGCUCCAUGUCAAAAAUCUAGAUAGCUUGUUGGCUAUUCCAAGCUGUAUGUCAUUAAUUUGAGCUCCAUGUCAAAAUCUGGAUAUUGGCCAUUCCAAGCUGUACACAAAAGUGAAGCUACGCACUGGUUCCCGAUACCUCCAUGCGAAUGUGCGCAGGGUACCAGCCUCAACCACUCCCAUUGUUCAAAAUAAUUAAACUAGAGUUGUGUAAAAGUACAUGAAACUUUUUAU